UUUGCAAAUUAAAACUUUUUCUUUCUAUAAAGAGAAAAAAAAUUUAAAUAACUUGUUUCAUUUAAAUAUUGUAAUAAAAUAAAUAAAAAUUAAAAAAAAAUUAAUUAAAAAUUAAUUUAAUUAAUUAAUUAAUUAAAUAUUGUACCAAUGGUACUUGAGAGGAAAAAUUCAUUAUUAUACUUGGGUGAAUAUUCAUAUGCAAUGUUUCAAAUUUUCGGAUUUUGGCGACCUGUUAAUUGGAAAUCAUUUUGGAAAUUAUAUCUCUAUAAUUUUUAUUCUAUUAUUUGUGUAAUAAUAUUUAUUUUAUUUAACAUUUCUUUUUUUGCAUCAAUGUUUCAAUCACACAAUAGUAUCGACACUCAAAUAGAGAGUAUUUUUUAUUGCUGUACAUUUGUGACGGCAUUAAUUAAACUGGGACUUUUAUUUCGAACACGUAAAAUAUUUAUCGAAUCAAAUCAAUUGUUUUUGUCUGAAAUUUGUCAACCUUGCGAUGAUAAAGAAAUUGCUAUACUACAAGACUGUUCUCGUAUAGGAAGACAAAAUACAAUUUUGUUUUUUCUCAUGUUGCACAUUAAUGGAUUUAUAAUGUACUUGGUACCAUUGGCAUCGAAAAAUAUUACAACACUUCCAUUACCAGCAUGGUUACCAUAUUCUCUUGAUUCGAGUCUUGUAUUCAUUUUUUCAUAUUUACAUCAAUCAAUUGGCAUUAUUAUGACCGUGACAAUUUCAGGCGCCAUGGAAAGUUUGGCAUUAACAAUUUCUUUACAAAUUUGUGGUCAAUUUGAUAUAAUUAUUCAUCGUUUAAAUUUACUUUCUGAAUUGUGGGAAAAAAAUAAUUUUCAAUUUAAUUCCUAUCAUCAAGAAAUAGAACUCACAAAACGUUGCGUUAAACAUCAUCUUUAUGUAUAUUCCUUGGGAGAUAAUUUAAAUAAACAAUUUGGUUUAGUGAUUUUCACACAAUUUUUUGCCUCAAUGAUUAAUCUUUGCGCUAUAAUUUAUAAUUUAUCAAAAUUAAAUCCAACUGAUAGAUUAUUUUGGAUAAUGUUUUUUGCUGUUGGUAGUUAUACAUUUCAGAUUUUUAUUUAUUGUUUUUACGGUGACAAAGUUACAGAAAAGAGUUCGGAAGUAGGACAGGCAAUUUAUUUUCUCAAUUGGUAUGAAUUAACAAUUAAAACAAAGAAAAAUCUUAUAAAAAUAAUGAUACGAUCAACAAGGCCUAUUGAAUUAACAGGUGCAUCAUUUGUCACCAUGUCAAUUGAUACAUUUAUGAAAAUUGUAAAAUCAGCAUACUCUGCAUACAAUCUACUAAAAAGAUAAUAAAAAAAAAAGUAUUUUUUUUUUUCAUAAUUUGAAAAAAAAUUACAAUAUUUUCAAUUAAUAAGAUUCGAAGACAUUAAAUA